AUGACAGUUCUGCUUUUGCCUCUUCAUUCACCCAGCAUGCCGUCUGAAUCACCUCACAAUCAACAUGAAAGUUCGAUCCCGGAAGCCAAGGGGGUAGCUCGACUGACUGUAAAUAUUCCAUCGACGUAUCGAGGGAAGAAUGCAGGAGGGGAAACAGAACCACUAUGGCUCACCAAAGAGUUCAAGUUCUACUAUCUUGUAGCUUUAUUUGCUAUUCCGGCGAUGAUAUGGGUCCCGGUAUCUGUUAGUCAACCCUCACAUCCAAAUUAUCCUCAUUACGCUCCUAAGCUAUCGGCUGGCUGGUUAUACGGACGACUUGUAGAUAACAGUGACGCACAAUACCGUUCAUUUCGCGAUAAUAUACCCAUACUUUGCAAAGCUGCAUUCGGAUACCUCAUCAUCAAAAACCUAGCAAAACAGGUCCUCAAAACAUCUAUAAACCUCAUUCCUUUAAACUCCUUUCUCUCCCUUGCUAUGAUCAUUGCUCUACAUGGUUCCAGCUCUCUCAAAAUCAUUCUAAUAAUGUCAAUUAAUUAUCUCAUCGCCAAAAAAUGCCGAGGCUCCCAACUGUCUCCUUUUUUGACGUGGUCAUUCAAUGGUACCGUUCUCUUCAUGAACGAAAUAUACAGAGGCUAUAGCUUUCAAAGCCUAUCUUCGAGUCUCUCAGGCCUGGAUUCUUUCUCUGGUAUCUACCCUAGGUGGUAUGUUAUGUUCAACCUUACCAUGCUUCGUUUGGUAUCGUUCAAUAUGGACUACUAUUGGUCAUUUCGUCAAUCACGAACCGAUUUCAAAGGACCUCCAGAAAAGCAGAGAGUGGUUGUAUCUCAUAGUGAUUAUGAUUACUCCCUUCUCAACUACAUCGCCUAUGUCCUCUAUCCACCCCUCUAUAUUGCCGGACCCAUCAUGACUUUCAAUGACUUUGUUUCACAGCAUAAAUCACCGACGCACAUCAGUUCCCGUUUUAAGCUCAACUAUUUGUUUCGAUUUGUGUGUUGCUACCUGACUAUGGAGUUUAUCCUCCAUUUCAUGUAUGUGGUCGCGAUCAAGGAUCGUAAAGCAUGGGGAGGCGACUCUCCUGCGGAACUGGCUAUGAUUAGCUUCUGGAAUUUGAUCAUUGUGUGGCUUAAGCUCUUAAUUCCAUGGCGCUUCUUCCGUUUAUGGGCUUUGCUUGACGGGGUAGAUCCACCAGAGAAUAUGGUUCGAUGUAUGGCCAAUAAUUAUUCUGUAUUCAAAUUUUGGCGAAGUUGGCAUCGCAGCUACAACCUCUGGCUCAUACGAUACAUCUACGUGCCUUUAGGCGGUUCCAAACAUGUGUUUAUCAACACGUUAUUAAUAUUCUCGUUCGUUGCGCUAUGGCACGACCUGAGCUUCCGCCUUCUAGCAUGGGGCUGGCUUGUUAGCUUGUUUGUAGUUCCAGAAAUGAUAGCAUCAUACCUACUUCCAGCCAAAACUUACGGCAAAUAUCCGUGGUAUAGACAUGUCUGCGCCAUCGGUGCAGUGUUCAAUAUAUUCCUCAUGGUUGCCGCCAACCUUGUGGGGUUCGUUGUUGGGACGGACGGCGUCCAAUUCUUUUUUUCGCAGUUACUUGGGACAAUGGAAGGUAUUAGAUUCAUGGUCAUUUGUUUGUUUGUUCUAUUUGUCGGGGCACAGUUCAUGUUUGAAUAUCGGGAGGAAGAGCUACGGCAAGGGAUUGUUCGCAAUUGUUAA